AUGCUCUCGUCGAACGAAGUGUGCUACAUCAUCACCUUUGUCAUCUACGCCGUCUUCAGCACGCUGUACACCGUGUACACGGCGCUGAAUUAUUACAUGGAAGUGGCGGAGUUGAAGUUGCUGCCGCAAAAGCUUAGAGUCGAAAUUGAAGAGGAUGAACUUAACGCCAUCACUUAUAUGCUGGAGUAAGGAUUUGUUUGUAAUUUUUUUUGUUGGAAAAAUUCAACAGAUCGUUUUUUUUUUGAUCAUUUUUUGUAAGAAAUUUGUCGUUAUGUAUCAGUCUGUCGGGAAAAUAUAGAGAGCAAUGUCGUUGCGUUGAGCCCGUCACUGAAAAGAUUUGCCGCGACGCAACUUUCUCGACGGCGAUGCGAUUUUCGAUGCAACAGAGUGCUCAUUAUUUUCCCGACAGGUUGAUACAGCGAAAAAUUUCAUGGUCUGUCGGGAAAAUAAUGUGGAUUUGUCAGGCCUUGAAAUGGCCCAUCAUCGUUCUGCGACGGCUAGCCGCAAGAGAUUUGAUACUUCGACGAGGUCGCGUACCAGAAGGCAAAACCUUUUGCUGCGACAUAUCCACGUUAUUUUCCCGACAGACUGGUUUGGCCACCACCCCAAGAAAUGAAAAGUUAAUGCAAGCUGCGCCCAAGAAUCAGAAGACUGUGCGCUCCGCGCAUGGUAGAAGAAAGCCUAAGCUCUAAUCUAAGGUUAGGCCAAGCUACACCCAGCCUGAACAUUGCCAAAGCUUACAACAUAGCCAUUGCAGCACCGUAACUCCGAAACAUUUCAGCCCCAACCGGCCCUCCUACUACGCACAUACUAUAUCCACUUACUUCAGAUGUACCUCCUCUGCCCAUCACACAUCGAACAGUCGGCUCUACAAGGUGAUGCAGGCCUGCCGCUACGACCCGAAAACACGGACAGCCCUCUUCUUCAGCACCCGCGCCAACAUUUACCAUCUGAAGGCGCUGUUGCAGCUGCUGAAGCCGGCCUUUCGGACCUACCCCUUCAAUCAGGUCGUCACUGCCGAAGGAAUUCACUAUGCUAUUCUAACGGCGCUGGUUCAAGUGGAGUUGGAGCAGAACCCCAAGGCAAUAGGAUGCCCGGAAAUGGUCACCAACAACAUUAUGCCCUUCUACAACAGCUGGUGCAAGGUGCUGGACUCGUACACGAUUUUCUUCGGCACAACGGAUCAAGUGGAGGAGAUCUUGUACAAUUGCAGAUUCCAUAUGGAGCGUGCCGGGUAUUUCCGGAGGUUUCCGUCGCUGCCAGCGGAACUGAAGCUCAAAAUUUUGUGAGUUGCGAUUUGCAUUUUUUUGGAAGUUUUUGGAAAAAGGGGAAAAAAAUGGCCGUAAAAAUAGACUUUUAUAUAUCUCUUGUAUUGUCGACUAUUUUUGGAAGGAUAAUGAAAAGAAAAAAUUUCCAAUAAUUUUUGUGACAUUUCGUUAAACUUUUAAAAACGGUUCAAAAUUACUCUGAAAUUUUAUUAAAAAGUUCUUGGAUUGGAUUUUCAAUUGCCUUUUGAUUUUAGACGAAAUAUCGAAAGAGCAUUUUUUCCAAUAAUUUUUGUGACAUUUCGUCGAACUUUUAAAAAGCUGUUAAAAUUACGUUGAAAAUUGUUUAAAACGCUUCUGGACGGGAUUUUCAAUAGCCCUUUGAUUUUAGAGGAAAUAUCGAAAGAGCAUUUUUUCCAAUAAUUUUUGUGACAUUUCGUCAAAUUAUGGAGAAUGACCCCAACGUCUACACAACGACAGCUCAUAAACAGUAAUUGACACGCAUUUUAACGUCAUUUUCUGGAACUUUCUAGCAAAAUAUCAAGAUGAAAAAAUCCAAUAAUUUUUGUGACAUUUCGUCUAAUUACGCGAAUCUUUAAAAUUGUACUUUAAAUUCUUUAAAUGUUUAUUUGUAUGCAUUAGGUAAAUUUUUUUCUCUUUUUAGGACCAAGGUUCCCCUUCAACAGAACAAAAUGCAUGUUCGAGAGAACGGCAAGUUUCGUCGUCUAUUGCAUUGUCAUGGCCAUAGACCCGGAGUGAAGCCGAUGACAGCAAAGCCGUUUUUGUAUUUGAAUGCUUUUUGA